AUGACGGAACCUGAGAACUUUGAGGACGAUCUCUUUGACGAUCUCUACAACGACGAGGCGCCCGCGCCAAGCGCUGCUGCUCCAGAGCCUGUCGCUCCGAAAGCUGAACCAGCUCCCGCCCCUGCCAAGCACGAGGACGACCAGAGUGCCGGCCAGCAUGGCGCCGAUACAAUGUCUGGCGAGGACUCGCACAUGAACGGCGCUGAGGAGUACGAGGAGGACGACGAUGAUGUCGACUUCAAUCUCGGCAAUGGCGACACACAUGCUCCUGAUACUCCAUCCUACAGCCAUGCGCCAGCAGCAGCAGCAGCCACGCACAAGAAUCCCAAUGCCAAAGAGGACGGGUAA